GCCCCGAGUGUUGUCGGCGGCGGCGGCGGCGGCGGCGAGGUCGGGAGGCUGAUGCUGGCUGCGGUGCAGGCCCGACAGGCGGGUGUUGCCUUCACUGAAGAAUGGGGGAGAUAGAAGGAACGUACAGAGUCCUGCAAGCGGCAGGGACACGCUUGGGUGCCCAGACACCUGUGGGCGUGAGCACCCUGGAGCCAGGACAGAUGCUGUCGCCCAGAACACAGGAGAAGCACUUGCGUAUCAGAGUGAGGCUGCUGGAUGGCACGGUGGAAGUAUUUGACAUUGAGCCCAAGUGCGACGGCCAGGUUCUGCUGGCACAAGUGUGGAAGCAUUUAAAUCUGAUCGAGUGUGACUACUUCGGGCUGCAGUUUCAGAACAUCCAGUCCUACUGGAUUUGGCUUGAACCUAUGAAACCUAUCAUUAGACAAAUACGAAGGCCAAAGAAUGCAGUACUUCGGCUCGCUGUAAAGUUUUUCCCACCUGAUCCUGGCCAGUUGCAAGAGGAAUACACCAGGUACUUGUUUGCCUUGCAGCUCAAGAGGGACCUGCUGGAGGAGCGUCUGACUUGUGCUGCCGCCACUGCGGCCCUGCUUACGUCCCACCUGCUGCAGGCGGAAAUAGGAGAUUAUGAUGAAACCCUGGACCGAGAACACCUGAAAACCACCGUAUACUUGCCCAGCCAGGAGCAGGUACUCGAGAAGAUCCUGGCCUUCCACCAGAGGCACAUGGGCCAGACGCCUGCUGACUCCGAUUUCCAGGUGCUAGAAAUCGCUCGCAAGUUGGAAAUGUACGGCAUCAGGUUUCACACAGCUUCUGACAGGGAGGGGACCAAGAUUAACCUGGCUGUUUCUCACAUGGGUGUCCUUGUGUUCCAGGGCAUCACCAAAAUCAAUACCUUCAACUGGUCCAAGGUCCGGAAACUAAGCUUCAAGAGGAAAAGGUUUCUUAUCAAACUCCACCCUGAGGUCCAUGGACCCUACCAGGACACACUAGAAUUCUUACUGGGUAGCAGAGAUGAGUGUAAGAAUUUCUGGAAGAUUUGUGUGGAGUACCACACCUUUUUUAGACUUCUUGACCAGCCUAAGCCAAAGGCAAAAGCCGUCUUCUUCAGCCGGGGCUCCUCCUUCAGAUACAGUGGACGAACACAGAAGCAGCUAGUAGAUUAUAUCAGAGAUGUUGGAAUGAAAAGAAUUCCAUAUGAAAGGUGUCGUGGCAAGACCCAGACCUCAGUGCGUGCUCUGACUGCAGUCCUGCCGAAGCAGAGCAUCUCAUUCACCGAGGGCUUGAGAUCUGCUUCUCUGUCUUCAGCAAACGCCUCCUUUUAUCCGCUCCCUCCCUCCCUCCCACCCCUGCCUUGCCGACCUGAUUUGAAGGACUGCAGUGACUCUGAUGCCCCGGCUCCCGGCCUCUCCAGUGCAGCUGUCAAGAAUGUGGCCAUGAGGAAGAGGAGCAGUGGAGCAGCUGAAGCCCCUGGCACCCCAUCGCUGGCCCAGCCACCCACGUCCCCUGCGCUCCAGACCGGUCCAGGCCUCACCGAGGACAGUCCUCAGCCUCCUCCCUCCAGCCGGAAGAGCCCCCUGAGCCUGAGCCCUGCCUUUCAGGUGGCUCUGGGCCCUGCUGAGCGGGGCUCAUGUCCCCUGCUAAGCCCUGCCCUUAGUGACACUGGUGGACUGCGGAUGGACGACCAGGAGGAGCCAAGACCCAAGCGUGUGCCAGAAGACGAGGCCUAUUUCAUAGCAAAGGAGAUUCUUGCGACAGAACGAACAUACCUAAAGGAUUUAGAAGUUAUUACUGUGUGGUUCCGCAGUGCAGUGGUCAAGGAGGAUGCCAUGCCCACAGCCCUGAUGACCCUGCUUUUCUCCAACAUUGAUCCUGUCUACGAAUUCCACAGAGGCUUCCUGCAUGAGGUGGAGCACAGGCUGGCGCUCUGGGAAGGGCUCUCCACUGCCCAUGCGAAAGAUGAUCAUCAACGAAUUGGGGACAUCCUACUCAGGAACAUGCGCCAGUUAAAGGAGUUUACCAGCUACUUCCAAAGGCACGACGAGGUUCUGACAGAACUGGAAAAGGCCACCAAACGCUAUAAGAAACUGGAGACGGUGUACAAAGAGUUUGAGCUCCAGAAAGUCUGCUACCUGCCACUCAACAGCUUCCUGCUGAAGCCCAUCCAGCGGCUGGUGCACUACCGCCUGCUGCUGAGCCGGCUGUGCAGGCACUACACGCCCAGGCACUGCGACUAUGCUGACUGCUGCGAUGCCCUGAAAGCCAUUACGGAAGUGACCACUACUCUCCAGCACAGUCUCGUCCGGCUUGAGAACCUGCAGAAGCUAACAGAGCUGCAGCGGGACCUAGUUGGUGUGGAGAACCUCAUCGCUCCUGGUAGGGAGUUUAUCCGUGAGGGCUGCCUCCACAAGCUCACCAAGAAGGGCCUGCAACAGACAAUGUUCUUCCUGUUUUCUGAUAUGCUGCUGUACACAAGCAAAGGCAUCACAGGGAGCAGCCACUUCCGGAUCCGGGGCCUCCUUCCACUGCGUGGCAUGCUGCUAAUAGUGCUGGACCCACCGGCAGAAGAGAGUGACAAUGAGUGGUCUGUUCCCCACUGCUUCACCAUUUAUGCAGCUCAGAAAACAAUUGUGGUGGCAGCCAGCACUCGACUGGAAAAAGAGAAGUGGAUGCUGGACCUAAAUGCUGCAAUCCAGGCAGCCAAGAGCAGCAGAGGGUCCACCAGUGAGGUUGUGCUGGAUCGGGAGCUGGAAGACACUUCUCAGGGCCCAGGAGGUUCCCUGGAAGGGCAGGGUCAGCACCGGGCCAACACCACAAUGCAUGUAUGCUGGUACCGGAACACAAGUGUGUCCAGGGCAGACCACAGUGCUGCUGUUGAGAACCAGCUUUCAGGCUACCUGUUGAGAAAAUUCAAGAACACUAAUGGCUGGCAGAAGCUCUGGGUGGUCUUUACCAACUUCUGUUUGUUUUUCUACAAGACUCACCAGGACGACCAUCCCCUGGCCAGCCUCCCAUUGCUGGGCUACAGCGUGAGCAUCCCCAGGGAAGCAGAUGGCAUCCUCAAGGACUACGUUUUCAAGCUCCAGUUCAAAUCCCAUGUGUACUUCUUCCGGGCUGAGAGCAAGUACACAUUUGAGAGGUGGAUGGAGGUGAUCGAGAGGGCCAGCAGCUCACGUGGUGCGCCCAGCCCCACACAGGAUGGCUCUGUUCAUGGCUAGAGGGGGCACUCAAGGAGAAAGAGGGAAGACUACUUCUCCUGGCCCAGGACCUGGUCAGCAGACUGCACGCAACAGAAAUGCCCAUCACCAUCCUCAGGCUGACCUGAGGAAAGGGAAGCAUAGAUAGUAUAGUGACCAAGCUUACAGCAGCCCUCAGGCACAGUGCAGGCCCUUGGCUGGCCAGGACAUGGAAAGGACAUGGAUGGCUCACUCUUCAGACCUGAGCAGAACACAGGCGCUGGCGUUGACCAAGAACUAUAUUCAGGUCUGGGCAGUGAGCUGCAUGUUGCCCUGGGCUGAAGCCCAGGAUGGUGGGAUGUUAGAUGGGGUCACCCAGGGUACCAAGAGCCUGGCAAAAGCCAGUCUGGUUCUCAUCCCUUCUACCUCUGGAGAGAAGGAAGCCAAAGUCCCCUGCAGCCCAGAAGGGUGGCACCUUUACCUACUUUUGCUUCCCUGUGCACUCCACUUCAUGAGUGACUACAAAUAAAUGGCAUCCCCUCACCAGCCUGUGUGCCCCUCUGUUCUGCUCG